AUUCCUAGCUUUAUUUGCUUAAUAUCCACAUGUACAAAGUUGCAUGCACUUCAUUGAAGGGUAUCCAUAUAGGCGGUUUAAACGUAGGCAGACCAAGCGCAACUGCACAUUCAGAAGCCCGUUCUAAUUACUAUCAGUUACGAAGAUACGGUCAGCGUCGCAAGCUCAGAGGAGGCAGUCGCGUGCACGGGCCCCUGUUGAGUGUCCGUGUGGGCGUUUCGAGUGGCGAGAGGGGGAGCCUGUGUUACCAGCGUUGGAUAAUUAAUAAGAGGGCGUUUCAUACGAGCCGCGAUGUAGGAAUUGGGAACAAUCCGAACAAGAGCGGUGUGAACAACCAGCAGAAGUCGUUUCCUGUGGACGGGAGUGCGUCGUCGUCGCCCAAGGUUGCGAAUUCCAAGGACAGAGACGCGGUGAAGGACGAAAAGUUGCCGUCGCAGCCCGUGCCCGAUUCGUUUGAGUCGCAGGAGCAGUCGGGCGCGCAGGAGAAGCCGGUGGUGGGAGAGGGUGAGUUGUCGGAGGCGAAGGGCACGCCGGAGUCGGCCAAGAUGGAUUCGGUGGAGGGGGCUGCAGCCGAGUCGGCGAUGGAACAGAGCGGAGAGGAGUACGUGGAUCCCGUGCCGGCGGUUCCGGACGUGCUUGGAUACGUGCCGACGCCGUUCAAGAAGUACCGUCGUUCCAAGUAUUGGAGUCGAGAGAGGAUUACGAAUUUCAAGAGCUUUUUGUCGUCUGCGGGGAGGUAUUUUGUAGAUGAGGAGGUGGACAUUCUGCGCACUAAGACGCGCGAGUUUAUUCAGUGGUCGAUAUUUCCGCCCGAGCCGUUGAGCGCGGGGGGGGAGAGGAGAGCUUCGUCCGAGGGUGGAGGAGGGGUGAGGGGGGGGAGCGCGUGCGUUCAGAAGGCGUUGGGGUUUCUUCGAGACGUGUGGUUGGAGAAGGUGUUGGAGCUGAACGCGCACGCGUCGUUGACGAGUUUGCCGUCGGAGGGCCAGACGAGGAGCGCGAAUCAGUCCAGGAUUGGCUUUUCGCUGCAGACGCCGCCCAACCAGGAGGCGUUUGUGAUACAGAUGGUUCGAGAGUUGGCGUCGAAGUACCAGGCGAAUUUCGUGGAUUUUGACUUUUUGUUUUUGCGCACGACGAUGAACUGGUUCAUUGAGAACCAGAGUGCGAGGGUGGUGUCGAAGGAGAUUCAGGUGUCGUUGGAGCAGUUUUUGCAGGACUUGCAGAGGAACGACGACGACUUUAUUUUGUUUUUGGACGACUUGUUUCACCUGGUGGAGGAGGCGACGGCGAAGUGGUCGAAGGAGGUUGGCGCGAGGGGGGAGGGGGUUCCGCCGCUGAAGUACGUGGUGAUGUUCCGGAACUUGGGCAUGCUGAGGACGUUUCCGCAUCACAUGAUUCGGGAGAGACUGAAGGCGGUGAAGGUGCCGAUGUUGUUCGUGGAUUUGAUGUUGGAGACGAGUCCGGACAGGGCGAUGAUUGUGCCGAUAAGCAUUGUGACGCAGAGUCCGCCGUCGUCGAGCGGAGGAGCGGAGGAGGACGAGUACGGGGUGAUUCCGUCGGGGGCGUCGAUAAGUUCCGACUUGCUGCACCGCGAGUUGUUUAGCAAGUUCAAGAGUUUGUUGAGUGGGAAGGGGACGAUUGACACGUUGAAGGGGUACAGGGCGUUGUUUGGCGACGAGGCGAUAGACGUGACGAAGAGGCCGCUUUCGAGCGAGGGAGCGAGCGUCAACUCGCACGCGAGUGGGGGGGGGUCGGUGGCGGGGGCGGCGCAGUUUGGAGGGCAUCACGCGCAGGCGCCCCACAUACGUUCGUUUUUGAUUGGGGCGACGGGGAGGGAGGAGGCGAAGGCGAAGGAGGCGGCGUGCGAGGCGGUGACGAAGGCGCACGAGGUGCUGAUGCACGACAUGACGGUUCGUCAGAACGUGCGCAACCUGCAGGCGUGUUUUCACGCGCACAACAUUGAGUUGUUGGAGAGCGGGGCGGAGCGAGGGGCGGGGGGCGCGUUGGGGCGGUCGAUUACGGAGAGCUGGUUGGAGAGCGAGAUAGAGUCGACGACGACUGGGAAGUUGUUGGUGCACGUGAGCCGGCUGCUGAAGAAGGACGAGGUGUCUCGGAUCGUGUCGCUGACGAUCAAGUACCACGAUUUGAGCGGUCAGCGAGCGAGCCGGGGGGCGUCUGGCGACGCGGCGGGCGAGUCGUCGAGCGGCGCGGAGGGCGGAGAGGAGGGCGCGGUGCCGGCGAGGCCGUCGGGGUUGUUGGCGUCGGAGCAGGCGGCGCCGGCGGUGCAGUCGGCGGUGCAGUCGGCGGUGCAGGCGAAUCCGAUGCAGGAGGUGGUGUCGAACGACUUUUUGCGCCUGCUGGGAGAGGAGCAGUUGAACUUCAUGCUUCGCCAGUCGAUAUUGAUCAAGUAUUUGCACCUGGCGCUGGAGCUGGAGAUUGGCGUGACGCACUACGUGCAGAGUCCGGGUUUGAGCGUGAACGAGGAGAAGUUCGCGGAGGCGAUAGACCGAGCCUACAGGGAGAGGAUGGCCGCGCAGCAGCGGGAGUUCGACAUGGUGCGCGAGUCCCACCACUACGACAUGUUGAAGGCGAGGAUUCAGCACAGCAAUCUGUCGAACAACGAGCGUCGGAUUUUCGACACGUACGUCCAGCCGUCCAGGAUCGGCACGACGUUUGACGACAUCGCGUCCCUGGACCACGCGAAGGAGGAGUUGCUGUCGUUCAUCGUGCCGAUCAAGAUGCCGGUGUUCCAGUCGAACAAGCUGAUCAAGAACCCGCUGGGCAUCUUGCUGUACGGUCCGCCGGGGACGGGGAAGACCAUGUUGGCGAGGGCGGUCGCCAGGUCGGCGAACGCGAAUUUCAUACACAUUUCCGCCUCUACGAUCGUGUCGAAGUGGCUGGGGGAGAGCGAGAGCAACGCGGCGGCGGUGUUUUCGCUAGCGAAGAAGUUGUCUCCCUGCAUCAUAUUCAUAGACGAAGUCGACGGCUUGUUGAACACGCGAGACGCGAGCGAACACGAGAGUAGUCGCAGGGUGAAGAACGAGUUUUUCAGCGGCUGGGACGGGCUGCUGAGUUCUAGCGACGAUCCCAACAUCUCGGUGACCGUGAUCGCGGCGACGAACCGUCCUUUCGACCUCGACGCGGCCGCUCUGCGUCGGCUACCGCACCGAGUUUUGAUUCCGCUGCCGGACAAAUCUUCUCGAAUUGGCAUUUUCACGAAAAUUCUCCGAAACGUGUCGAUCGCGCACGAGCCCAGCAAGGACCGCUCUUCCGCGGGGCCCUCGGCGCCCCUGGCGUCCGCGUCCGAAGCGGAGCGCUCGGUGAUCAUCAACCAGCUUUCCUCGCUGACGGACGGGUAUUCCGGCUCCGACAUCAAGUCCCUUUGCACGCGCGCCGCGCUCCAGCUGGUGCGCGACUUCAUGUCCGACCAGGACUACAAGGCGCUGCAGAAGGCCGAGAACAUCGAACGAGAAGGCAAUUACGACUCGUUUAGCUCGGACUCCCUGCAGAAGCUCACUCAGCUCGCGUCCGCCUACGCCUCCCGUCCCCUGACUCUGACCGAGUUCAAGAAGGCGCUUUUCGAAAUUGGGAAGUCGGUCGACCACCGGAGCCGCACUCAGCUCGAAUUGAAGAAGUGGCACGAAAUGUACGGCUCCAAAUCUUACCACGCCAAGUCUAAAACGAAUCGUACCGCGCUUGGCUUUCAGUGAGCGGGCCUUUUCUUUUUUUGUAUGAAUAGAGCGCAGACAAGGACACGCCAUGCCAUCUCGUUUCGGUCUACAGGUACGAGCAGAGAGCCUGCUGGUCCCGUCCCCCUUUCCCCCGAGCGUUCGAAGUGGCGGGGGGAUCUCUGCACAUCCGUCUCUGACGAAACAAUAUUUUUUUUGACUCGUAUUAAUUUGUGCCAAAUAUUUUUGUACUUAUAGGGGCAACAGAUGUUUUCUGUUUUGC